CCUUGUCCUGUUAUGAGCUGAAUCCGUUCAGCAUAUCUUGUAUAUAGGUCAUCGUGAUUCACUAUAUUCCACUUCACCGUACUGUGUACACACGGAUCUCUUUGCUACUACUAACAAUAACAUGUCCUUCGUAUUCAGGUCAAUAUCAUUACCCAUUGGAGCGUGGCAUUUACUCUUUGUGGAAUAUUGAUACCCUCUAGGCCUCCGAGCUGCUGCUGCAAGCGUAAUGCAUGUAACAAUACUAGCAUAUGCUUCAAAGUAUCAUGUACAGUAACAUUAUGCUUUCAUUGCGCUAUUGAUCGUCUACCAACUGGUACAUGUAUGGUGAGCAGUGAGCUACAAUUUGUAAGAGGAGUAAGAGUGAGAGGAUGUAUAUAAUACCUCACGGAGCUGUAUACCGUCUACCAAUAUAUCACAACGUACAGGCAGGGAUCGAGGUCUCGCCUCCCUGCAUACAGCUAUACAGCAACUCGGUCCUCCUAGCCUUCAUAAUACGUACGUUCUGAAGUUUAAUCAUGCCGUUUGUGAGUCUUCGCUUUGUUCUCAUCUUGUUCACCAUCAGUAUACUCCAAAAGGCAUCUGCACUGAUCGAUGGAGAUUUACGGCUCUCCAACGGCAACACCACCAAAGGGUGGGUCGAGAUCUACUAUGACUCUCGGUGGAACACAAUAUCUGAUCAGUGGGUCAUCUACGAUAUCUCCCAGGUGGUAUGUCGACAGCUUGGCUUACCCUUCACGCAAGCUAUAGAAGUCAAUGAUGUUUCUACGGUCCCACCUCUUGAUAACAUGGGGGUCUUGGCUACGACUCUAUUCUGCGACGGUGACGAGGCACGGCUUACAGACUGCCGGCAAUUCGAGUGGAGUUUCCCAAUAUCUUACCCGCAUGACAAAGAUAUUGGUGUCCAUUGCAGAGGAGAAUAUAUUCAAACUGGUGAACUUAGAUUAGUAAAUGGCUCAAACCAACUAAGUGGGCGCCUGGAAAUCUACCAGGGAAACAGCUGGGAAUCCAUCUGCAGCGUUGGUUUCGGCGUGACUGAAGCAACCGUAGCAUGUCGUCAACUUGGUCUUCUCAAUUCAUCUGAUGUAUUGGUCCACCCUGAUGCUUACUUUGGCCAGGGGAGUUACGGAGGCGAUGGACCUUAUAUUGCCAACUGCAAUGGUGAUGAGGAGCGGAUUGAGUCGUGUCCUACUUUCUAUCGGUCUCUCGAUUCUGACAACUAUGAUGAGCUCUUUUGUGGCCACACACAGGACGUAGGGAUCUGUUGUCCAUCCGAAACAGAUGGAUGUGCAGUUGUGAGUGAAGGAUCCGUUGUUGGAGCCGUAGUAAGUUGUCUUGUCGUAGUCGGUAUUAUAGUUCUGCUUAUUAGCUGUUGUUGUUACUGCUGCAAAAAGAAGAAAGCAAAGAAACAAUAUACAGCAGUGGUACAGAAUCCAGCUCCUCAGCCGGUUGGUGGAGGUCAGCAGGUAUCAAUGACACCAGGCGGGAAUACAGCACCACCAGUAUACUACCAUGGAUCUACUCCAGGGUAUCCAGCUGGGACUGUCGCUCCACCCAGUACUCAGUACCCUCCCACUGGUCAAGCCAUGCCUCCACCUGCACCUGUAGGUGGUAGUACCCCAUACCCUCCACAGCCCUAUCCGUACCCCUCUGGGCAAGUUCCUCCACCUGCUGCAGCUGGUAGUGCCCCAUACCCUUCACAGCCCUAUCCAUACCCUGUUGGACAGGCUCCUCAACAAGCAGGUGCUUAUCCUCCACCCAAUCAAUACCCCCCGCAACCAGCUGCACCUUAUCCCCCGCAACCAGCUGCACCUUACCCCCCACAGGAACAGCCGUAUCCAACCAAAGGAGACCCUGGUCACCCCUUACCUCCUCAUACAGGAGGCGGCAUGCCGAGCGCACCCCCGAUGGAUACGAGCAGUGGACACGAGGUAGCUCCGAGUGCACCACCACCUGCCUAUGAACAUCUCAUUGGAUGACAUGGAUGAUGACUUGUUUCUAAUAUACCAGACAGCAUCUAUAGCACUGCAACGAAACGUAGUUUUAGUGACUUAAUUUGUUCUCAUUCGUAUCAUUGUUAAAAGAGUCAAAAGAUGAAGUGUAUAAUGUUAUGCAUUGCCAUGACGCUUGUAAAGUUCAUUAUGUGGUGUACAAAUGUGAAAGGGAUAAGAUGAGAAUUCAAGACAAAAAUGAGAGGAAAGUCGAUAAAAUUUGAUUAUCACGAAUUCAUGUGCAUCAGUACUUUGUGAAUGUAUUAUAAAAUGUAAUUUUUUUCUUUUGUGAACUAUAUUACAGAAGGGCGUGUGUGAGGGUAAGAGUUACAAGGUAAAGAAUAAGUUAAAAUAUUGUACACGGUAAAGCAAUUCGACGGAUGUAUUUUUCUCAGGAUGGUCUUGAAUCUUUUCUACCAGGUCAUUCAAAAUGUUCCUUUAUUUAAUGUUAUUUAUGUUUAUGGUAAGCUAAUUCAAGCAGACAAAACAAGAAUAUAACGUUCUUGAAAGAUUGCACAGCGUUUGAUAGCCACUGAGUUGUCCCCGCCCCCAUAUUAUGAAAAUUUCAUACUGGCUAAAGUAACUUCUGUCAUGAAGGACAUAACACACCAGUCAUAUUGUCUUUUUUUUCACAUUUAACCGGUCUGGAAUAUGUUUGUGCGUACCAAGAACUCGAAGAACAAAAUGAGAACUUGAUUAAUUCACAUUCACAUAUACAAUGCACAAACAACAAGGAGCUCUCAUUUGUAAACAAUACAUAAUUUUUUUAAUUUUGUUGAACCAAUCUGGUUACACCUUUUUCUGGUAGUGUAACGUCUUUUGUUCUACUUUACUGUUGAAAUUCGACCGUAUUUUGCUAUGUAUUUCGCCAUUUUUUCUUAAAUGAAAUUCUUUGAGUCUGCCCUUUGUCCCUCUUUUUUCCUCUUUCUUUCUCUCACUCUCUCUAGCUAUUCUCCCUUUUUUCGAUCAGAGGAACUUGCGAUAUUGGUUUUGUAAUUUAUAUCAGGUUGCUUGUUAUGUAUGAAUGCAUUCAUAAUGUGACUCUGAAUAAUAUACUGUAUGAUGAGAGCUUGCUCAGUAUACAUUAUUAUGUUAUGCCUAUGUUUUAUUAUAUUUGACAUUAACACCAAUGGGAAACAUAUUUCUGUAUUAUUAUAAAUGGACAAUGAAACUUGAAUCUUGAAUCGACACGGAUGCAUAUACACAAGUGAAUUGAUGUUUUUAUUAUACAAUAUACAAUAAAAGAAUUUGACGAUUCGUGUAAGAUCCACAAUCAUGCGGUCGUUCAGCCUUGAAACAUACCGCACUUUCAGUUUAUACAAUUAUGAUAUUUUACACGUGAACAUUUUUAUUAUGCAAAGCACUUUUUAGUAUCACAGCCAAUUUAUUUACACAAACUUGUAAAAAAUAAUGCUCUAUGGAACUAAUAUUUUAUCAUUGCCCGAAGUGAGAUGAUCAAGGUACUCAAAUAUGAUGAUGCCUAUAAGAAAGAAAACAUGAUAAGAGACUCUUAGAACACGUAACCCACCUUUUACAGUUUUUCCUUUUUUACUUUGCGAUACUUUUAACGAAAGUAUUGAACAUUUAAAAAAAUAUUUUAGUAAUAUUUAAAUUAUGCUUUAUAUUCAUAUAUGAAUACAUGUAUUGUGCUUCACUUCUCCCUCGCCCCCCCCCUCUCUCUCUCUAUAUCUGUGUUUCGCUCAUUCGCUGUACAUAUCUUUCUCUUCCUUGAUAGGCCUACUAUUUCUUAUGUCGACAUUUAUUUACCUAUUCCUAUCUCAAGAUGCCUCUUAUCAAGGCUUUACAUAAUAAUUUGGAUAAGUUUGGGUUAUGAAUAUUAUGUGUACAUUAUCAUAUAUGCAACUGUAUAUUCUUUGUGUUUUUUAUCAAUUAAAAUGUUAUUCUGAAAUUUAAAA